AGGGAACGGCUGCUUUUUAACAAAUAAUACAUCUCGCUUGAGGUUGCCGAACACAAAGCAAAAUGAUACUUGCUCUGGAUUUCCUGAUUAAAAAAACAGUCCAGGAUUUGUCGAGGACUCGUCAGUAAUGCGUCACAAACAUUGUAGAAGAAAAUACCCGUAGAGCACAGAGCAAGGCUAUCAAAGCACAAAGAAAAGAAGUCAAGGAGCUGCAAGAUGAAAAUGCAGACUUGAGCGCUGCUCUUCAGGAGGUUAAUUGCCCUCUGGAAGAUAUCAAGGCUUCAUCACUGAUCUGUAUUAUAUAUCUGGAUAGACCAUUGGUCAAUGAUAUGUGAAGCCACGCGGCCGCCAUAUUGCCACUCCCAAGAAACACUUGUUGGACAAUGACUGAUGUGAGAACUUGUGAGUUGUUAAGUGUGUUGCUAGUUUGUUAGCCACUCACACUAAAUGCAAGGUUAGUCUUCACACUAACCUCACACAACAGGUGUGCUUGAUCUUAGUCAUAAGGACUCUAUGAUCAUUUUUAAACAUUCAUACCAUACCUGAGUCAUAAGGGCUUUACAUGGGGGGCCGUGGGGGCUAUGGAAACAAACAACCACCACUAGACUACUAAAUCAUUUGCGCUUGCUUGCAAAUAUAAAAAAAUAUGUUUUGUUUUUUUUGUUUACCCGAAUUUCAAAUGAACCCCCAUAAGGAGACAAUGUUGAUAUAUUAUUACAUAUUAUAUUACAUAUUAUUCCUGUGGUUUUUGUUCAAAUAUAUUUCUAUAUCAGAAAAGAGCUUAUUUCUAUUUCAUAACACAAACAAAAAAAAUCAUCAAAAUGUGAAAUGAUUUUAAAACUUGUCUCUUUUAUGAUUCAUAUUUUGUACAGACGAGAGCAUAGUGAAUUGUAUGAAAGUAAGAAAAUAAAGUAAAGGAUCAUGACCAUGGAUUUUAGUGGAAAAAAGGGAUGGGAUAUGCAGUUCAAAUGAAAAUCUCUUUCUAGAGGAGUAAAACUAUCAUUGCUAUAGGGGAGUGCUGAGCCAGGGUGCACAGUAGAAUUUUGAGGGGAAAAAGUACAUUUAAUAUAGCCAAAAGAUAGAGAAUAACGUAUCAUCACAUUUGCGGAUGACACUACAGUCAUCGGCCUGAUCACUGGUGGUGUUGAAACAUCAUACAGAAGAAUGCGUCUGUGUAGGCUCUCAGUCGUACAGGAGUUGUCCAUCGAGGGAAAGGCUUCUUGAGACGUCAUCUGUACUUCUGUGAAGAAGGUGUCGGUCAUUUCGCUCCUCAUCCGAAGAGCUUCGUCAGCGAACUAACAAGUGCUGGUAGCCUAGGCCUUAAAUACAGUAAGAGUGGGCGGAAUUGGUGUGCCAACACCCUCCUCCUAUUGGUUCCUUACACUAAGACUGGGAGGAGUUGUGGUCUAAUCCUCUCCUGCCAUUAGCACCUUCGAUCAAAGGGAAGUGUAGAUCCCUGUAGUUGGGUAUGAACGACUCUGAUACUGGCUUGUUAGCAUCUAUUGUUCUGGCUCGGCCCUGGCUCCACCUCAUUUGCAAGACUAAGAGCUGUGGGUUUUGGUCUCAGUAACCUGCUGAACACAGGGUCCAAAUUAAACCUCAAACCACCAUUCCGAUUCAAUGAUGGGUUCUGUUGUUUGACAAAAAUGGCUUCCUUUACUCCUCUUUCAAACCAUCUGUUUUCUUUGGCCAAAUCUUUACCUCGCUGUCCUCAAAAGAGUGAUUGGUUGCUUUAAGGUGUAGAUGUACUGCUGAUUGAGGACCACUAGAAUUGUCCCUGCGAUGUUGAUAAAGCCUUUUUUGGAGCAUUUGCUUAGUUUCCCCAAUGUAGUGCUCUUUGCAUUCCUCAUCUUUACAGUGGAUGGAAUAGACCACAUUGCUCUGUUUCUGGUUUGGAGCCUUGUCUUUAGGAUGCACUCAUUUUUGUCUCAGGGUAUUUACUGGUUUGAAAUAAGUUGGAAUUUUGUGUUGCCAUAAGAUCCUCUGGAGUUUUUCGGAGACCCCCGCUACAUAAGGGACUACCACUCCUCUCCUUUUUGCUUCUGUGGGCUUUUGGGUUUCUUUCCCUACUCUCUUCUUUUGACAUUUGUUAAAAGCCCACCGCGGGUACCCACAGGUUGAGAGCGCUCUCUGGACAUUUUGUGUCUUCUUUUUCCUUCCCUCAGCACUAGUUGGUAUUUGUUCCGCUCUAUGUUGGAGGGUCCUAAUAACCCCUAGUUGAUGUUAAUAAACAUGGGAAUAAUCAUUCUCAUUGUGAAAGGCCACGACAGACAACUUUGUGAGAUUUUGAACAGUUCAUCAAAAGCUGCAAUAAAUGUAUGUGCCUUGCAUGGAACCGGCUUUUGGUCAAUAAUAAUGUAGAACCUCUGGAUGUCACCUUCGCUCACUGAUGCAGAGGAGAAAUGCUUGUCUUGUGUCAACAGUCUUGGAAGGGGGUCACACUGGCUCCUUCCUGUGGGUGAAAAAGGGCAACAACAACAAUUAAAACCCCUUUGCCUGGUUUCCAUUUCUCAGGUGUUUAGCACACCUUAUUACAUCAAAUCAACACAAUUAGCCGAUUCAAGAACAUCUGCAACCUAAAAUGAAUGCUUUUAGACAGAAAUCAUAUUUGAUAUGUCAAAAUUGACCUUUGCAUGCCUUAAGAUGUCUGAGAAGAUGGUUGGUUGCUUGACAAACUGAUCUUUGCUGUUUUUUCCUGGCCUCUAGAAGUCGGAGGGAGCAGAUGCAGGAGUAGAAGGAUGGAGGAUGUAUCACUGCCCCAGCCUAAAAGAAAAAUCAUUUUUAAACAGCUAGGAAAUAAAUAUUUGAAGUUAUUUGCGUAAUACAGAACUGUUUCUACUGACCACAGCUGUCAUCAGGUUGAGGUUCAGUUCCUGACAGCAACUCAUCGAUGUUCUGCUUUUGCGGGAGAGUCUUGCAGUCUGCAAGGACUUUUGCUUUGAAGACAGUUGACCACUUAGCCAGGAACCUCAGAUACUUCAUCAGCAAACAUCCUGGUCAAUCUAUCCACAAGAAAUGAAUCUUUCAUACUGUGAAGGCCUGCAGGUUUACAAAUGGUUGACGUAAUGGGUAAUCCAAUACUGAACUCGUCCAAAUACUCAAGAUUUCCUUACCAAUCCAGGAACAUCAAGGAAGCGAGGGGACACAUCGAGGACAGACGAUGAUACAUCUUCUUUGACCACGGAUUCAUCGGUUGAAUGUCUUAUUGGAGAUAGCGCCUUCCUGCACUCCUCACCAAACAGCUGUUGGCCAGUUAACAGAUGUUCUCCUCUGGUUUUUGGGCCAUCUUUGGGCCAGCUCUGCUUCUUCCUACUCCCUUUCGGAUUCAAUUUGUGCUGUGUGCAUGUUCAAAAUAACUUCCACCAACCAAAUAUAAUUCUAAUUUAUAUAUCAUUUUAUUUAUUAAGCAUUUAUAACAUUAUUUUCAUAUUUUUAUAGGUUUUAAUUCUGUAAAAAAUGACAUGAGUUUUUUUGUAGUUAUUAGUACCAAGAUUUUCUCUUGACAUUGUGCCUUUAUGCACUAUUUUUCCAGGUUUUUGCUGUUUUGGGCCAAUAAAAACGAGACCCCCCUGCACUAAACGGUAUAACGCACUGAUAUCAUCAAAUAUGAUAUCGUAUCUCACAUGUUCAUCCUGGCGUUCUCGUUGCUAAGAAGACGGCUGAAAACGAUACCUCGGUGUUUGGUGCUUGGCGGAGGUCUGCAGUGAGCUGGGCUGAUGACGUCAGCGAGUGGCGCAGGAAGAUGGGAGCCUGCGCUGUUAGCACAAACAUCCUGCUCCGUCGAAUCGGCUAGAAAAACACACACACACACUCGAAACAAAACAAAACAUGACACUCGGACUAGUCGACGCUUUCGCGACCACAAUCCGGCGUGUCACGUUUACAUCUUAAAAAACAACAAGAAUUCUUUAUUGCUUCGUGGGAAUGCCGCUCGGGGGAAACCUCAAUCCACGCCGACCACUGGGGGCUUCGUAAAAUGGAGCAUCACAACCUGCAGGGCAUCGAGACACAGCGGGACGUGAAAGCAUGGCGCUCAAGGCCCCGCAGGGCCACCAGGUGGCCAUCGUGGCAGCCAUCUUCAUCCUGAUGACACUCUUCAUCCUCUACAACUCCAACACCAGCAACGAGACACCCUACACGCCCUUCCACGUGGCCAAAAACCACACCCCCAAGAUCACAGACCUGAAGAAGUGGGCCACCAAAGACAGUUACGUGCCCGUUUACGGGAACAAGAGCAUGACCUUGCGAUGCCACCAUUGCGCCCUGGUCACCAGCUCCAGUCACAUCCUGGGCAGCAAGGCCGGGGAGGAGAUCGACGCUACGGAGUGUGUCAUCCGCAUGAACGACGCCCCGACGACGGGUUACGAGGCCGACGCGGGCAAGCGGACAACCUUGAGGGUCGUCGCCCACUCCAGUGUGUACAGGGUGGUGCGGCAGCCUAACGAGUUCCUGAGCGGGGCAGACAGCAAACCCAUCAUCAUCUUCUGGGGACCCCCAGAUAAGAUGACCAAAGACUCCAAAGCAGCCGUGUACAGAUCCAUCCAGACAAUCAACGCCGCCUACAGCCAGGUGUCUUGUUUCACCGUGGCCCCCGGCAAAAUGAACAGAUUUGACAGUCUUUUUCAAAGGGAGACAGGAAGAGACAGACAAAAAUCACAUUCAUGGUUGAGCACAGGCUGGUUCACCAUGGUCAUCGCCAUUGAACGAUGCGACAAUAUCAAAGUGUACGGGAUGGUUCCGCCCAGCCACUGCCAUAAUAGGGCAGGACUCAAAAGGCUGCCGUAUCACUACUACAAACCGAGGGGCUCCGACGAGUGUGUGACGUACAUGCAGAACGAGAACAACCAAAGAGGGAGCCACCAUCGCUUCAUCACUGAGAAGCAGGUGUUUGCACGCUGGGCGCAUCAGUACAACAUCACCUUUGCUUAUCCCACUUGGUGACGGCACAGACGUCUUCCCUCGCUGGGUGUCCUUGUGACGACGUCAACUUUCAGGGAUCACUACGAGGAGCCAAUCCUUUGGUACAAAAUGACAACAAAGACGGCAAAAGAGAAUGUUUUUCAUGACAUAAGAGUGCAGUAUUGCUUCAGAGAGGUGAUUCCUCCUCCUCCCCCCUUUAUGAUAUUCGCAUCAUUAUGCAUUGCACUUAUGUUUCCAUGUUAAGGUGGGUCAGCGGGUCAAGCGCGUGCUGGAGUGUCAUGUCAUGGACGGCUUGAAAAGAGGAACUGCUCUCUUUUUUUAAUGUUUUGAAAAGUGGGCGCAGCUGAAGAAGAUGAAAGCAUUUAGGAAGCAGGGAGUUUGCUUUGUGGAGAUGAAGCCAUGGAAAGCAGCGGUGGGUUGUUGCGUAAUCAUGACUACCAUGUGAUAUUUUGCUUACUACACCCGUGUAUUUAUUUUUUCAAGUUGGUCUGGACUGUUUUUUUGUAUAAAAAAAAAACAACACAAAAGCUUUAUACAAAUACUAUAAGUUAAUUUCAUUGCACUGGUGUGUGUGUGUGUGUGUGUGUGUGUGUGUGUUAUACACAAGGGUGAGAUAAAACUUAUGGAUUCUGAAGAUUUUCAUCAAUAAAAUUCUGCAAAGACAAGAAAGUGUCAAUGUUGAAAAAGGUUUUGAACAAGAAUGCAACUACACUAAAGUACAUAUUUACCUUACUCUUUCAAUAUUUAGCUAUUAGAAAAGGCCGCCGCAAUCUUCACUCUCAGCGUUGCCAUGGAGAUUAAAAUGGCUUCCUGUAUA